CCCCGCUGCAGAAUACCGACACACCGGGCGGACACAAGCUGAGGAGCCGGGGCGGAGGACGCGAGUUGAUGGUAGAGUUUUAGCCGCUGGAGAAGUGCGCGGAGUCGGGUAGGUGUCGCCUGAAGUGUCACACAGAGCCCAACUCCCACUGAAAAGGAACUUUUUUAAACUCUGGGAGAGAGCCGGACAGAGAGGGGGGGGACCCGUUUGGAAGAAGACAAGGGCGCACACACGAAACGUUAACCGAAGGAGAGUCGAUUUAACCGGCGCUGAGGUUUGAGUUUGAGCCAGCCAGAGAGGCGGUCAGCGGGUCGCGGCCGGUGGAAUCCUCCGGGGUCCUCGCAUCGCUUGUCGGGGCGUGUCUUUUUAAUUUCCCCCCCCGUAAAGUUUUCCGACUAGCUCGGCGACUUUUAUUGUCGAAGCAUAAGCCAUGGUCGGGGAGACAGAGGUGAAGGAGAGACCCAAGUCCAACCCGGACUAUCUAAUGCAGCUGAUGAACGACAGGAAGGUGAUGAGCUCCCUGCCCAACUUCAGCGGCAUCUUCACGCAUCUGGAGCGGCUGCUGGAUGAAGAAAUCGGCAGGGUACGCAAGGACAUGUACAACGACACAGUGAACGGUGGCAUGUUCAAUGGGCGGGACAUGGAGGAGCUUCCUGAAGCUAUUGGCCCCGUGGCUCAGCUGCAGGAGAAGCUCUACGUGCCUGUCAAAGAGUACCCCGACUUUAACUUCGUAGGGAGGAUCCUGGGCCCACGUGGACUGACAGCCAAACAACUGGAGGCGGAGACCGGCUGCAAGAUUAUGGUGCGAGGAAAGGGCUCCAUGAGAGACAAGAAGAAGGAGGAGAUGAACCGAGGGAAGCCCAACUGGGAGCACCUCAGCGAGGACCUCCACGUCCUGAUCACAGUGGAGGACACACACAACCGGGCCAAGAUCAAACUCCAGCGGGCCAUCAAUGAGGUCAAGAAACUUCUCGUGCCCGCUGCUGAGGGGGAGGACAACCUGAAGAAAAUGCAGUUGAUGGAGCUGGCUAUUCUCAACGGGACCUACAGAGACGCCAAUGUCAAGACGCCCACCGCCGCCUUCCCUCUAGCGACCCCUCAGGCGCCUCGGAUCAUCACAGGCCCGACGCCCGUCCUGCCUCAGGCCCUGCGCAACCCCGCCCCCGUCACCACGCCGACCAUCAUGCCUCUGAUUCGUCAGAUUCAGAGCUCGGCCCUCGUACCGGGAGGCAAUCCGCACCCGGCGCUGGUGCAGCAAGGGCCCGAAUCUGGAAUCAUCUACACGCCGUACGAGUAUCCCUACACACUCACGCCCUCCAUAUUGGAAUACCCAAUUGACUCAACUGGAGUAUUAGUCCCUUCUUCCUGUGUUUUUGCAGGUGCCAUGACCACUAAGGUACGACGCCACGACAAGAGAAUCCAUCCUUACCAAAGGGUAGUGACCCCAGACAGAGCUGCCACGGCAACUAACCCAUGACCCCUUGACCUUCUGACCUUUCCGCCCACUGAUGACCCACCCAUCUCUGCCCGCUGGCGUGCUCAUUGGCCCGCGGCCCUGCCACUCCCUCAGCUCAGCCAACCAGACCAGCACAUUGGGAACAACCCGGCUGCUUCUGUCUAACCAACCAACCAGACGACAGCGAUCAUGGGAAAAAACCUCAGGACCCCGCCCAUCAUCAAGUCCUAAACUAAACUUUACCAAACGUGCCUUCCUUCCAAAAGUCCAAAGCCAGUCUAAGAAUGUUUUAUAACCAUUCAACAGUCGAAAUCCCAAUCUGUAGCAGUUGUUGCCAUGCAAAACCAGUGGACUUUACUGGGUACGGGCCCCCUAACUGGUGAAGGGCUUAUAAACAAUCCCUGGCUGUGCCAAACUGUCUCUCUGAGCUGCCCUGCCCUCAGUCCACGUGAUGCAAUAAUAAUCACUCUAUUAAUAACGUGGUAACUAUACUGAAAUGAUGGUAACUGUACUUAUCCAGCCCAGAAACCCUCCACAAACACUAAACUAAAGGAGAUAUGUUGAUAUUUUGAAGCAUUUUUCCUCAUCGGGCACCACUUUAAAGGGAUCGCUUCUUUUUUUUGGGCCAACACACAUUAAUAAUCCAUCAUAACACAUUAUAAUUGGUGUUCGAAUAUUCAUGUAUUAACAUGCUUUCCCUUCAAAUUUAACGCCAACGUGUGUGUUCCAACGAUGUGUUCAAGAAGUCACUUGCUGCUCUAUUUAUGAGCGUAUUAUUUUACAUUUCAUUUCCUUACAGGUAGAGUGAUUUCCAUCUUUCCUUGACAUGUUUGAACUAGGAAUACUAAAAAAGUAGAAUUCCAUCUCAGAAUACUUUUUUACGGUAAAGCAACAGGUGCUCAGUGAGGAAAAAUAACAGACUGGAAUCCAAAAUACCAAAGUAUCUUUGGGUUUUUCUUGUUCGGUAAAGCAUCCCAAUACCGAGUCAACAUUAACGGUAUAAAUGCUAAUAAUCUUGUACAGCACAGAGAAGGAAGGUCGCACUUCUCUCGUCUAAAUCCAGUGGACAUCCACAACGAUGCCUUUGCCUUUUUCACACUACAGUAUCGUAUGAGCUUGAACAGCAGUGCCUUUAUUUAUUGGGAGCGAUGGAACAAUGUUACACCUAAAUCUUCUUCUACAGCUUCGUGGGCUUGUGCCCAGCAUGAAAUUAUGCCAUUUGGGUUUAUGCAGAUAAAUCAGGGCUGCAGGAAAAAGUGUCGCAGCCCCGUCCUCAUUGCCCACAUCGUUAUGGCUUCACGUCCAUAACUCUUCUCAAUUCAGAGUUCAGCGCCAAAAAGCGAAACAAAAAAGUGGCUCACCUGAAUUGGAAGUGCGAUGCAGUAUUGCAGCAGCUACAACGUCUGAGAUGUUUAUGUGAGGCUCGGAUGCCUCCGGAAAACAGUGUUAUAUUUUAUCUUUUCUGUUGUUGUUGUUGUUUGAUUGGUUGAUUGUUUUGUCGGAGAUGAAGUCGUCCAUAUAUAUAUUUUUGCAUGUGUAUCCGCUUUUUCAGAAGGUGUGGUACAGUUUUACAAACACACACAAAACCAACUGAUGCCUUGACAUGAACAAAUACACAAAUCAUGGAGUCGUAACAUCUGUAACAAGUUUAUAAUGUAUUUUUAUAUCUAUUUUGUACGUGAAAAUAACAUUAAAUGACCUUUUCAGAUACGAACAUCAUGCCUUAUUACGGAGAAUAAUUUGAUAAGCGUAACCAUCCUUCAUGUGUCAGUAAUCAUGUCACAGUGUCGAUGUCCUGAUAUACUGGAGUCUCUGAUGUUCUCUGUAUUAACUUGAGCCUUUGAGAUCAGCAUUGCUUGCCUUCUGUGCCUUUUGUAUACUAUGAGUGUGACAAUUAACAGUGUAGUACAAUAUUAAUCUACUCUUCAGUGCCGAGUGUAGGUUACUAACUGUUACCACUUCUGUGAUUAUUAACCACUUUAAUGGUAUCUGUCUCUGGAUUCCUUUAAAAAAAAAGAAUUAAAUGUGCGUCUAAAACAAUGAAAAACAGUUUAUGUGUGAACAAUGAACUUUUAACUUUGA